AUGCAAUCUGAAACCGAGUUCGAAGUGAACACUGAGAAGUUUGAUGAGGAGAACGACCAAGAUGCAACCGAGAGAAGUCAAGACGAGAUGAAUAAGGAAGCGGCUGACCAAGAAGAAGGUGAAGAGUUGCAUGAUAACUCGUCCGUACAUCUCCAAGAGAUGGGGAAAAAUGAACAACAACUUCGUGAACUUAUGGAGCUCACAGAACAGAAAAAUCACUUGGAAGAAAUGCUAAAACAAGCACAGGAAAGGAAAGCACUUUUUAUGAAAGACUUCAAGAGACAUGUGGCUCGCGAUAGUGAGUACAUGCGCAGCGGGAAGAAGAUACCAUUGAAAAUCAUCCAGGAAGUUGAGGAUUUCGAAUUUGACAAGAACGCCGAGCUCGAAGAGGCUCGGGCCACCCAUAUCACGUUGAAAAAUAGGCUCGUGAAAUUAGAAGCGGAAUUACGUGGAAGGGAUCAGCUUGCGGAAGGACUCCAUAUCAUAGAUUUUGAACAAUUGAAGAUCGAAAAUCAAACGUUGAGUGAAAAGAUUGGAGAACGCCAAGAGCAGGUACAGGAGCUGAAGAAGAAGAUUAUCACGACUAUACAGGUAUUGGCUCAUAUGCGAGAGAAGAUGGGGUUUCUCGAGAAGCGAGGGGGGAGUAUUCAUUCCUCCCUCACUGAACUCGAUAAGGUUCCUGGAUGGUCCCCCUGA